GAGGCCCGGCGCAGCGCGGCUGCUGGGGGAGCUGUGGGGCUCUGCUAUCGAUUGAGGCUGGCUGGAGGGGGCGGUGGCCGGGCCACCGUUAUUGCCGUUGGCUCAGGAGCGCUUCCCCACCUGUCGCCGACAUGUGGAGGGUGGCGGCUGCCGCUGCUUCGGCCCCGGCCCGGCAAGCCCUCUGUCGUGUGGCGCCGUCGCCGCCGCCGAGGCGGCUGGCUGUGAGCGUGGCCGUUUCCCCUAGCGCUGGCCUGGCGGACGAGCGAUUGGAGACGCGGGUGGCGGGGCUGGGCCCGGGACAGCCGGUGACCCUGCGGGCUGUGGCGGCCGAUGAGCGCGGCUGCCUCUUCGAGUCGUGCGCGCACUACCGGGCGGACGGCCGCGGCCAGCUGCACCUAGGCACGGACGCCUCGCACGGCGGGAGCUACACCGGCGUGGAGCCCAUGGGGCUCUUCUGGAGCCUGGCCCCUGCCGGCAUGGAGAGGCCGUACCAGCGGCUCGUUCCCCGAAGCACCGGCGCUCCGAUGAAGGUGGAGAUGUUGGUUCACCAGGGUCACAGCCAGCCCGGCGCCAUCCCGGGGCCGGUGGUGGCCAAGGCUGAAGUGGAGAGGUGGUUCACGGCCCCUGGCGUGCGGAGGAUCCGGCUGAAGGAGGGAGGCGUAAGGGGCUCCCUCUUCCUGCCGCCGGGGGAUGGCCCCUUUCCAGGAGUGAUUGACAUGUAUGGUGAUGAAGGAGGUUUGAUAGAAUUUCGAUCCAGUCUUCUGGCUACCCGUGGUUUUGCUGCUCUUUCUCUGCCAUAUUUUGACUUUGAAGAUUUGCCUAAAGUCAUGAAAGAACUCAAACUUGAGUACUUUGAGGAGGCAGCUAGAUUCCUACAGCGUCACCCAAAGGUGAAGGGACCAGGAGUUGGAGUGAUUGGGACUGGCAAAGGGGCAGAAUUAGCACUCGCCAUGAUCACCUUCCUGCCAGAAGUCGUGGCUGCUGUCUCUAUCUCCGCCUGUAGUUCAAACACUAUUGCAGACCUCCACUACGGUGAGAUGACUCUGCCCGGGCUUCGUUUUGACAUGAAUAAGGUCAGCGUUUCUGACACUGGUGUCUUUGACAUUUUUGAUGCUCUGGAUGACCCAACGAACCCUGCUAAUUCUUCCUGUACGAUCCCCAUUGAGAAAGCAGAAGGUCACUUUCUCUUAGUGGUAGGGGAAGACGAUCGCAUGUGGAAGAGCUCCUUGUAUGCUGAGCUGGCAAUUGGGCGUCUGCGCCAGCACGGGAAAGAAAACUUUGAACUCUUGAGUUACCCAGGAGCAGGUCACCGAAUCGAUCCUCCUUCUACCCCAUUCUGUCAGGUAGCCAUGGAUCGUGUUCUAGGGGUACCUGUUCUGGGAGGGGGAGAGAGCAAAGCACAUGCCCAUGCACAGGAACACUCCUGGGGGAAGAUUCAGGAGUUUCUGCACUUGCAUUUGGGAUGAACACUUAAGCACUUGCAAGGUGUUGCAGAACUGCAGAGGACUGAGCUUGAGCCACCAAAAUGACUGGUGAUUUGGAGGGACUGAUUGAGAAAAGCUUUGAACUAUGAAGUAACCAAAAGACUACUUAUCUGCAAGCAUAAAUCCAGAACUACGUGGAUUUAUUUGGACCAGCCCAAGUUGUUUUAAUUAGGUACACAGGGAAGUGAAACUGGUAAGAAGGCUGCAUUCCAGUACAAAUUUGACAGCCCCAGUUGGUCAUGAUGUCAAGAAACAGGUAUCUGAAGAGAGGAGUAGGUAUUUUCUUGCUUGCAGAAUUUGACUUGGAGAAUUUCAACAGCUAGCCUGCACCCUCAGCAGGGACAGACUGGGUCACACCUGGGGCAUAAUGACAACCCAGGGAUGAUGAACUUUGAGAUGAAAAUGAUGUAUGAUUCUGGCUCUGCGUCUUAAGUUACCUUAGCUCAGAACUCUCAGGUUUACAGCCAUAUUUGCUUUGGAAAUGUUUUCUAUUUACAUGAAGCUGAGGGCAUCUAUUUCUAAUGAGGCUCAUAUCUUCCAGUGACACAGUCUGUUUCUUUCCAUCAAGAACUACCUUUAAGGUACAAAGGAGUACUCUCCUGUCAUCCCAGGAGAAUGGCAGCACUAGCACUGUUUUGUUUUAGGCAUGCAACCAUCUGUUCCUGUAAUGUCUUGGGCUGACUUUUGACACUCAGGGUAUUAAAAAUCUCUUGGAUAGGUUAAAGCAUGGUUAAAUGCACUUACACUGUGUGCAAGUCCUACUUCUCUCUUCAUUGCUUGUUUUAAACUAGUAACACCUGCCUUUA